AAACAGACAUCCCCUCGGACACCCAUUGUUGCUGGUCAAUUCCGAUCUAUCUUCAAAAUGGUUGUCCGUAUUCGUCUGGCCCGAUUCGGGAACAAACAUCAGCCAUUCUACAACAUCAUCGUUGCGCAGGCCCGGAGUGCUCGAAACUCGAAACCCUUGGAGGUCAUUGGCACUUACAACCCAGUCCCGCAACGCCCUACAAACCUCUCCGACGAGGAAGCCCGCAGCGCAAGACCAUACAAGGAGGUAUCACUCGAUCGGUCCCGGGCUAAGUACUGGCUUGGUGUUGGAGCGCAGCCUAGCGAUGGUGUAUGGCGGUUACUGAGCCUGGCCGGCCUCGCCGAGGGCUCGUCAAAGGCACGGAAUUAAAAUCUGUCUCGUUCAUACCCGAAUUUUUGUAUUGAUGCAUCGGUAACCGAUCUUUGUGUGUCGAGGAUUGAAGGAGACGGCUUAUUUGACUCGGCGAAUCUUCGAGUGCUAGGUUUUGGCAUUUUCCGUGGCGUUAUCGAGUGUCCUUUUUUUUCUGGAAUAUAUUGGGUCGAUGAUCAGACCCUUGGCAUGUACAUUAUGUGAGCUGAUUGUGGUUAAUUGCAGUAUGAGAGAAUCGCAUUCGUCGAUUACGGAUUGAUAACAAUAGAUUAUGGAGGGCAAUGCUGCAUUAUGAACGGCAUAUUCCCUGUCUGUACGCAGGCUAAGCCCGGGGCUCCCUGUUCGUUUCACAGAUUGCCAGUAUUUGUCUUACGUCUAUCGGAGAAUUGCACCAGCAUUGCUAGAUUGAAACGCAGAAAUUGGAGUGAGGCGCACGGUGGUAAAAGGACUCUCAGGUAGCCUCUUAAUGAACCUCAUUUUGGGUAUGCUUAGGCUAAAUGUUUGGUUUUUACCUGGAUAAUCUUGUACGCUCUAGAACAUAAGCCCUACGAUCUACGGAUAUGGUAGUCCUUUGCAC